AUGUCCGCCAUCCGACGAGCUUUGCGCCUGAUUGAGCUUCCUGACAGAGAACAGGGUGACCGCUGGAGCAAUGAAGACAUCCGUCCAGUUCCCCCGGAACGACAGACCUGGGGUCCUCUCCAGUUCGUGGAACUGUGGUUUCUCGUCAACCUGAACAUAAGCACCUACCAAACCGGCUCAUCAUUGAUCGCUACAGGCUUGACUUAUUGGCAAGCCAUCAUCGUCAUCUUGGUUGGAAAUGCCCUUGCAAGUUUUUUCGCAGUUCUCAACUCGGUCUCCGGUGCUGCAAGUCACCUGGGCUUUCCCAUCGUUUCGAGAAGCGUCUGGGGUAUGUGGGGAGCAUACUUCCCUAUCCUCAACAGAAUCCUAACAUCAAUCACCCGGUAUGGCGUGCAAGCUGUGAUUGGGGGGAAGAUGAUCUAUGUUUGCCUGCGCUCGAUCUGGAUGGACCUCGACGAGCGGAUUCCCAACACGAUCCCGGCGUCCGAAGGCAUCACCUCGGCACAAUUCCUGGGAUAUUUCCUCUUCAAUGUCCUGUGCUGCUUUUUCAUCUGGUUCAGACCCGGACAACUUCGUCCUUACUUCCACGUUGGGUCUCUAGUGGUUGCAAUCACGCUGUUCGUCCUCCUGGGUUGGGCCGUGGGAACCAGCCAUGGUUACGGAAGUGUCUUUAAUUCCAAGACCACUAUUUCCUCGACCGAGUUGGGAUGGCAGAUGAGCGGAGGUGUCAUGUCGGUCAUUGGCAGCAUUGCAUCCGGCAUCUUGAACCAGAACGACUUCACCAGGUUUGCGAAGCGACCCAGCCACGUCACCUACACGCAAGCAUUCUCAUUCAUGUUCACGAGCUCUGUCAUGGCCAUCGUGGGCGUAGUGGUUACUGCCGCGACACAAAACCAAUACGGCGGCGGCACGCCUCUUUGGGAUCCCUCGACAUUGUUUGUGGCAAUCCAGAAUCAACACGGCUCUCGAGGUCGCGCUGCUGCUUUUUUCCUCGGCGUCGUCUUCAUCAUCUCGCAGCUGUCGAUCAAUGUCGUCGGGAACGUGCUCGCUGGUGGCCUCGACGUUGCCAGCGUGUUCCCCAAAUAUAUCAAUCUCCGACGCGGAGCUUACAUCCUCGCAGUCCUCAGUGUUGCGCCAGUCCCGUGGAAGCAACUGGCCUCAGGCUCGACAUUCUUGUCCGUGCUUUCAGCCUACGCGGUCUUCCUUGGCCCGAUGAUCGGACUGCUCUGCGUGCACUACUGGAUCAUCCAGAGGCGUCUCUUCCACAUCCCCGACUUGUACGAGGGAUCGAAGAAGUCCCUGUACUGGUACAGGUACGGCAUCAACUGGCGCACAUGCGUGGCCUGGACAUGUGCCGUUGUCCCCAGCAUGCCGGGAUUUGUCCACGCCGUGAACCCAGGAAUCACCGUUGCGACUGGCGCUACGCGAGUCUUCUCCCUCUCCUUCGUCCUAGGUUUCGUCAUUGCCGCCGUCCUCUCGUACACUUUGCACUGGCUUUUCCCUUAUCAAUAUCCUGACACUACUCUGCUUGAGUCGAUGAUCGAUGGUCAAGAGGAGGAGAACACAGGCUCUGAGACUAGCGGAAAGAAUGUUGAGACCGUACUUGUUUCAGAGGCAAAGGGUAUCCCCGAGAAAGGAGCAUUUGAUGCUUGA